ACGCUGGCUUCAGCUAUGUGGCAGGGGAGGAGGGGUGUCGGUGGUGGUGCGGCACAACAGCAUGAUUGUUCCCUUCUUCAGCUUCUCCGUCAUUCGUGGAGUGUAUUUGAGAGCCAGGGCAGUGCAAACAUUUCGCAGAUUAAUCCAACAGAGUGGAUGUAGUGCGCAGUCAGUAGGAAGAAGGACUGAGGAGGAGUCUGGAAAGUAAACAUCCCUCUGCUUGACUCAUGCCCAGGAAGGUGCGGCCCAGCUUGGGUGUCAUUCUCUUUAUCAAUCUCCACCCUCGGGUGAAGACAAAAGUAGGGGUUUGGAUGCAGGUUGUAUGCUGGCUGAUGUGCCUCGGCACGGCGGGGGCACUCGCUGUGCUGCAGAAGGAUCAGGUUGCCCAGCACGUCAUCAAGCUUUAUCGGAGCAAGCAGGGGGUCACACACGGCCAAAGCUGGGUGGCCAGCAACUGCAAGUGGCUGGUGGGUCUCCUGCGUCAGAAGAAUGUGGUUGUCAAGAAGCUGGCAGCCGCUGCAGAUGCUGUUGGACGAGACCGGGCCCUUUCAGAACCUGAGAGGCGCUUCCAGGUUCACACUCUGGAGGUUUUCCAGAAGGAGCUGAACGAAAGCGAGCACCUGGUGUUCCAGGCGGUGCAUGGCCUGCAGAGGGCGCUACAGGGAGACUACAGAGACGUGGUCAACAUGAAGGAGAGCAGCAGGCAGAGGCUGGAGGCCCUCAGGGAGGCAGCCAUAAAGGAAGAACAGGAGUAUGUGGAGCUGGUGGCUGCCGAGAAGCACCAGCAGGAAGCUGUUAAGAGCGCUUUGGCCCAGAAUAAGACUCUGUCCAUGCUGGAUGAGAUCCUGGAGGACGUCAGGAAGGCAGCAGACAGGCUAGAAGAGGAGAUCGAGGAGCACGCCUUUGACAACAACAAACAGAUGAAAGGAGUAAAUGUUGAGGCAGUGUUGAGAGUGGAGGAUGAUGAGGAGAACGGAGGGAAGAGGAAGAACAAGUCCCGGCAGAAGGAAGUGGAGGAUGACCUGGGACUGAGCAUGCUCAUUGAUUCGCAGAACAACCAGUAUGUCCUGACCAAACCACGAGACUCCACAAUGCCAAGAGCGGAUCAUCACUUCAUCAAGGACCUGGUGUCUGUGGUGAUGUUGUCUUUGCCCUGUGGUUGGAUUUGCUCUCUGGUCGGUCUUCCUCCCAUGUUUGGGUAUAUUAUCUGCGGGGUCCUACUCGGUCCUUCUGGCCUCAACAGCAUCAAGUCUAUGGUCCAGGUGGAGACUCUGGGGGAGCUGGGUGUGUUCUUCACUCUCUUUGUGGUGGGACUGGAGUUCUCACCUGAGCGCGUUCGGAAGGUAUGGAAGAUAUCAGUUCAGGGGUCGUGCUACCUGAGUCUGCUGAUGGUGGGGGCCGGCUUGUUGUGGGGACAAGUCCUGCGCAUUCGACCCACACAGACUGUCUUCAUUUCCACUUGUCUCUCCCUGUCCAGCACUCCGCUGGUGUCCCGCUUCCUGGCAGGGGGUGGCAGAGGAGACAAAGAAGGAGGUGAUCUGGACUACAGCAGCGUUCUCCUGGGGAUGUUAGUGAUGCAAGACGUUCAGCUCGGUCUCUUCAUCGCUGUCAUGCCGACUCUGAUCCAGGCACAGAGCGGAGACUUGGACAGCUUUCUGUUUGGAAGUCUCCACGUGUUGUACCUCCUGGUCCAGGUCUUGGUCUCUCUGGCUGCUGUGCUGCUGCUGUGUUUUUUGCUUAAGUCUUCCCUGAUCGCCCCUUUUUACAAGAAGCUACAUGCUGAGAGCAAAGGCAACAAGGAGAUCCUGGUGCUUGGGAUGGCAGCUUUUGUCUUUUUCAUGUUGACGGUGACAGAGACUUUGGAUGUUUCUAUGGAGCUGGGCUGUUUCCUGGCUGGAGCUUUGCUGUCCACACAGGGUCACAUGGUAACAUCAGAGGUCAUGGGGUGCAUUGAGCCAAUCAGAGAUUUCCUCGCCAUCAUCUUCUUCGCCUCCAUUGGUCUCCACGUGUUCCCGACGUUCGUGCUGUAUGAACUCACCAUUCUGCUGGUGCUUACACUCUCACUCGUCAUUAUGAAGUUUGGGAUGGCCGUACUGGUGCUGUCAGCGAUCUUGCCCACAGGCUCUCGACACAUACGGUGGAUUGUCUCAGCUGGUCUGGCUCAGGUCAGCGAAUUCUCCUUCGUCUUGAGCAGCCGGGCACGCCGUGCUGGCAUCAUCUCCAGGGAGGUAUAUCUGCUGGUCCUCAGUGUCACCACCCUCAGUUUGCUACUGGCACCAGUGCUGUGGAGAGUCACCACACACAAAUGGGUGCCUCGGGCCGAACGCAAAAUAGUCACAUGACCAGACCGGCUUCAGGGACAAAAGGCUCCCUUGUAACCUUUACAAAGCCAGCAGCAGCAUCACGAGAAGCAGAAGUUAAGCCUUAUUUGACCAAUCAGAAAGACGCUCAUGUUAACGCACGCCUGCUGGACCAAAUCUUGAUUUAAGAGACUCAGUUCACAGCUUUAUGGGAGGAGAGAAAAUCAUCAUCAGUUACAUGUUGACUCUCCUUCAGAUUGUUAUGAAGCCAUCUGCUAUGUAUCACCCAUUACAUACUCAGGAGCGUGGACCUGGACCAUCUAUGCUUGUCACCCGUGUUACAUAUAGGCACUGUUAGGUUUGAAUUUAUAACAUACUAAAAUUAUUUCAGUUUUCAGUUUCUGUUUUAUAUUAAAUUGCAACAAAGCCGGACCACUCUACUCUUUUGGCAAAAAUCGAGUGUCUUAAAGGCUUGACAGAAACAUUUUUAAGGAAGCACACCUGCUUGACAGUGGAAAAGCACAAGUACUGGAUAUCCUGAUUGUGAUGCAUUAUGAAGAAAGACAGGUACUUUCCCUCUCUACCUUCUGUAAAAAUUAGUUUGUUUUCCAAUAAAAGUUCAUUGGAGGUCCUCUCUUUUGAUUUUCAUCAGUGGUGUUUAACCCCAGUUUCUCUAUUCCUUGUAACAAUCACAGGGACCAAAUCGGAGGGUUUAGCAUCUUUUUUUGUUUGUUUUUUUGUCAUGUAUGAGUAAAGGUUUUUUUUUUAAUAUGGAAAAUGUUUUGUGUAAUUUAAAAUGGCUUCCAUUUUCCCUAUGUUUGAUCAACUCACAUUACUAGUUCUGACUUUUAGGUUAUUGCAAACCUUCUACUCUGCUGUAUUUAAUAGAUGGUACUUGUAGUUUAUCUAAUCAUUGUUCUACUGUGAAUUUAGCUAGCUAUGACAACAGUUAUGGUGUUACCUAAAAACUGCAAAUAUUCCUUUUACAAUAACUUUAACUGUCUUUAUUCAUUCCCUUUUAGGCUCUCCAUUUUUAUCAAAUUAAAAUAAACUCUGGUACAAUACAGAUCAGUAAAAAGUAAGAAAUGAUUGGUAAGGAAAUAUUUAGAUAAGAACAGAAAAUGCUCAUCAGAAUGUAUUUACUGGUGUUACAUUUAAAGAUCCUGCACUAGUUACCAUUGAAUGUCAAACGUAUGUGCCUGCUCAACACUGCUCUGCUCUAAAAGCAAGACUUUGUGAAGUAUGAUCUCACUGUGACAGAGACACUGUGCAAUGUAAAUGUACGUAUGUAUGAGCUAUGUACAUGUUAUAUUUUGUUUUAUGUUUAAUAUUAUUUAAAACAAUUUCUUACAGUAUGUCAUUUUUUUUCACUUUGUGUAGUGGAAGUACAUAUUAUUGGUACCCAUGACUGAUGCAUCCAGGCACAAAGAAAUGCUGUUUUGAAAAUGUUCAUGCAUUUUUAAAUUGUGGAAUUAAGUCAUUUAUUUAUUAAAAAUAAGACGUUAAGAAGCA